CAGCAGACUUAAAACAUGGGUUUAGCUUGGUGCAGGUUAAAAGCGAACUCAAACGACUCAGUCUCGAAAGUUCUGGAAGAAAUGUUUGGCUGGGGAAGUACCAUUCACGGUGAACUGGGGCUGGGGGGCAUCGAAGAGGAGCACAUCUUCACCCCCAAAGCCCUCGACUGGUUUGAGGCAAAAUCUGUGAUGAAAGCUGCCUUGGGUGCAAACCAUACACUGUUUUUGACCAAAGAUGGAAAAGUUUAUUCUUGCGGGAACAAUGAUUAUGGACAGUUGGGGCACGACCAGCCGAGAAAAAGGCCACGAACAGAAUCAAACAAGCUCAUUUUUGCAGAAUUGGUGUCUGGUCUUGACGCAUACUCGAUCAUAAAUGUGGCCUGCGGGGAAAUGCACUCUUUGGCCUUGAGUCGAUGGGGCGAGGUCUUUUCCUGGGGAUCAGAUAAUUACGGCCAAUUGGGGCACCAACUUGGGGGUACCUUACAAAUCGUUCCUAAGUUAAUCAAAUCAUUAGCAAAGUAUCAGGUAGUACAAAUAGCAGCAGGGCAACGACAUUCAGUAGCUUUAACUAAUGCUGGAGAAGUGCUAGUUUGGGGGGCAAACGAUUUUGGACAAUUGGGUCUAGGAACAAUAACCCCAUUUGAAUCAACACCAACUACAGUUUGUUCCCUACGUGGUAUUCCAUUUGCCUUGAUUGCCUGCGGAGGAAACCACACUUUUGCUGUUUCAAAAUCGGGGGCUGUCUUUGGAUGGGGGAAAAACAUCAACGGCCAACUUGGCUUAAACGACACCACUUCGAAAAAAUUCCCUACUCAACUGCGAACAUUGCGAAAUAGCCGUGUCAGAUACAUUUCAUGUGGUGAUGAGUUUUCCACUUUUCUCACACUAGACGGCGGUGUUUUCUCGUGUGGGGCCGGAAUGUACGGUCAGCUGGGUCACGGUGGUACCUCUAACGAGAUUUUACCGCGACAAGUGUUGGAGCUGAUGGGUUCGACGAUAACACAGAUUUCCUGCGGUCGGCAACACUCAUUGGCCUUCGUACCGUCGCGUGGGCGUGUCUACAGUUACGGUUUGGGCGGGGCCGGCCAAUUGGGGUUGAGGAAGCCUAGUAACGCGUCCACGCCCCAGGUGGUUCUCGGACCGUGGGUUUCCCCGAGUGGAGUACCAGUGGUGCCCAAUAAUGCGUCGGUAAAUGCCGUAAUUAAGCGGAUUUACGCCGGUGGGGAUCACUGUUUCGUUUCUGUGACUGAGAAAAAGUCGAAAAUCGCGCCGAAUGAUUUUCGGAAUUAUGAACCAGAGAGUCAGAUUUUGACUCUACGGACGGAGAGGUUGGAACCGUGUGCGAAAAUAACGGUUAAUGGACAGGUCGAUCAGGAGAUUUUGACGUAUUUGGAAGUGGUUUUUAAGAAUUUGUCGUGUUGGAAUGCGUCGUUUUUGGUUGACGAGCAUUAUUAUUGCACGAGUAAGCAUCACGGUGUGAAUAUGGAGGAUGCCGAAAGGGCGUUUUCGUUCAUUGCCAAAAUUGAACAUGAAACGAUUAAGGAUUUGAUUUGGACUUCAAUCACUGUUGAUGUUUUGGACCAACUCUUGCCUUCGCCCCCCGAUGUUGAAACGCUGAGAAUUUACCUGGUUUUGCCUCUUUAUCAUGAAUUUAACAAUCCGAAACAACACUUAAAGUUGCAUAAACCCUUUGCAAGUGCCCUUUUAAGACUGCGUCCACAAGCGAGUAAAGUUGUAGGAAUCUGGUGGACUAUGAUGAGUUGUGAUUACUUCGAACACUUGAUACGAACUUUUAAAUCUGUUGUGUCUUUCAUUUUGAGAAAUCAAAAAAUUCCAGAAAAUAAAACCGUUUUUUACGAUUCUAGUCUCGUAGCCAUGUUAGAUAUUUUAACUUAUUUACAUAAACUUAACCACAGCGUAGAAGGUUUAAAGGUUCCGUAUGACACCUUCUACAUUCCGGAUUUGAGCGACUAUUUGGACAUUCGGGUGGAUUACGUCAUGUGGCUCACCGAUCAAAACACCGGAAAACUCUUUCUGUGUAAUUACCCGUUUAUCUUCGAUGCUCCGGCUAAGACCCAACUUCUGGAGACCGAUCAGCGACUACAGAUGCAUAAAGCAAUGCAAAGCGCCGCUGAACAAGCCUUCCUCUCCAUGAUAUUCCGACCCACAGGCGUUCUAAGUAUUAACCAGUUUCUAGUUUUGAACGUUACUAGAGACCAUAUAGUGCAGGAUGCACUCAGAGAGCUUAGUAAUGUUGAUCCUGACGAUUUGAAAAAGCCGCUUCGGGUGAAAUUUUGUGGUGAAGAAGCCGAGGAUGCGGGUGGUGUGACAAAAGAGUUUUUCCUGUUGUUGUUAAAAGAAAUACUCGAUCCGAAAUACGGGAUGUUUAAAGAGUACGAGGAAACAAGAGCGCUGUGGUUUUCGGAAAAUUCAUUCGAGGAAGAACCGGUUUAUUUUCUUAUAGGACUCAUUUGUGGCUUGGCGAUUUAUAAUUUUACGAUAAUCGAUUUGCCUUUUCCGUUGGCUCUUUACAAAAAAUUGCUCAAUGAACCGGUGGGAUUAGCCGAUUUGAAAGGGCUGUCACCAAUGAUGGCAAAUUCACUGCAAAGUAUCCUUGAUUAUAAAGAGUUUGAUUUCCACUCGGUCUUUGAUUUGUGUUUUGAGAUAACUCGGGACGAUUUUGGCGAGUCUAGAGUUGUAGAACUCAAGCCAAAUGGAUCAAAUAUUCCAGUCACACAAGACAACAAAGAAGAAUAUGUAAAUCUUUACGUUGAUUAUAUUUUUAAUACAUCGAUUAAAAAGCAAUACACUGCAUUUCAUCACGGUUUUAUGAAAGUCUGUGGCGGCCGCGUACUUCAAUUAUUUCACUCUCACGAGCUUCAGGCUGUUGUUGUCGGUAAUGAGAAUUACGAUUGGCACGCUUUGGAAGAAGUAGCAGAGUAUAAAAACGGAUACACGUCAUCAGAUAAGACAAUAAGGUGGUUUUGGGAAGUUAUCCACGAAAUGCCUUUACAAGACAAAAAGAAGUUUUUGCUUUUUUUGACUGGUAGUGAUAGGAUUCCGAUUCAAGGAAUGAAAGCAAUCAAAAUUAUUAUACAACCAACCAAUGACAAUAAAUACCUGCCGGUUGCCCACACAUGUUUCAAUUUGUUGGAUCUCCCGAGGUACAGCACCAAAGAAAAACUCAAGUAUAAGUUGAUGCAAGCGAUUCAGCAAACACAAGGAUUUUCCUUGGUUUGAUCCGAGUGUGCUUUACUUGUUACCAUUUACUUGAUAAAGUUUUUUCUAUUUUUUGUAUUUGUUUUACGUUGAAUGAAAUAUGGGAAAUUAAAUUAAGUAGUCACUUGAUUGACUUUUCUUAUUAAUAUUGUACGAAAAAAAACGCUUAAUAGUGGCCACAUUUUUAGUAAUUUGCGUCACAAUGUGAAAAACUACACGUAUUUUUCUAUGAUUGUUGUGAGCUUCAUAUAUUUUGUAAACGAUGAAAUAAACCGUUUUAUUUUUA